CGCGCCUCGUUCCUAUGGCAACCGCGCCAGGUCCACGCGCAGACGGCGGGUAGCAAGGGUCAAAACAGAUUCGCAAAGUAGACGUCGUCGACCCAUUCAGUCCGCGCCUACGCUCUGGAAAGGAAGAGAAAUGGAAGUGAAAAAGUUGAGCAUUUCCUGGCAGUUCUUGAUAGUUCUGGUUCUGAUCCUGCAAAUUCUGUCUGCGUUGGAUUUUGACCCAUACAGAGUCCUAGGGGUCAGCCGAACAGCCAGUCAGGCUGAUAUUAAAAAGGCUUAUAAGAAGCUCGCCCGGGAAUGGCAUCCUGACAAAAACAAAAAUCCUGGAGCAGAAGACAAGUUCAUCCAAAUUAGCAAGGCUUAUGAGAUUCUUUCCAAUGAAGAAAAGAGAUCCAACUAUGAUCACUAUGGAGAUGCCGGAGAGAACCAGGGCUACCAGAAGCAGCAACAACAGCGAGAGUAUCGCUUCCGCCAUUUCCAUGAGAAUUUUUACUUCGAUGAAUCCUUUUUUCAUUUCCCUUUUAAUUCUGAGCGGCGGGACUCCAUCGACGAGAAGUAUUUAUUGCACUUCUCACACUACGUGAAUGAAGUGGUUCCAGACAGCUUCAGGAAACCUUACCUCAUCAAGAUCACCUCAGACUGGUGCUUCAGCUGUAUCCACAUCGAGCCUGUUUGGAAAGAGGUAGUUCAAGAAUUGGAAGGACUGGGUGUAGGAAUCGGCGUGGUCCAUGCUGGGUACGAGAGACGCCUGGCCCAUCACCUGGGAGCGCACAGCACUCCCUCCAUCCUGGGAAUCAUAAAUGGGAAAAUCUCCUUCUUCCAUAACGCGGUCGUCCGCGAGAACCUGCGACAGUUUGUAGAGAAUCUUCUUCCAGGGAACCUGGUGGAGAAAGUUACAAAUAAAAAUUACGUCCGAUUCCUCUCUGGCUGGCAGCAAGAGAAUAAGCCUCACGUGCUUCUGUUUGACCAGAUGCCCGUCGUACCGCUGCUGUACAAGUUGACUGCUUUUGCAUACAAAGAUUACUUGUCAUUUGGAUAUGUACAUGUGGGUUUGAGAGGGGCCGAAGAGAUGACAAGACAGUACAAUGUCAAUGUCUAUGCCCCCACCAUCUUGAUCUUUAAAGAACACAUAACCAAGCCUGCAGACGUUAUCCAGGCCCGAGGUAUGAAGAAACAGGUCAUCGACGACUUCAUCACCCAAAACAAGUAUCUGCUGGCAGCCAGGCUCACCAGCCAGAAGUUCUUCCAUGAGCUCUGCCCCGUGAAGCGGUCUCACCGACAGAGGAAGUACUGUGUGGUUUUACUGACCCCCGAGGCUACCAAGCUGAGUAAACCCUUUGAGGCUUUCCUGUCCUUUGCCUUGGCAAACACACAAGACACAGUGAGAUUCGUGCACGUCUACAGCAAUCGGCAGCAGGAGUUUGCCAACACCUUACUACCAGACAGUGAUAUGUUUCAAGGAAAAUCAGCGGUGUCUAUCUUGGAGAGGCGCACCACGGGAGGAAGGGUGGUGUAUACAACGCUGGAGGCUCCCUGGACAGGGAGUGAGAGCGAUAAGUUCACACUUUUGGGCUACCUCGACCAGCUGCGCAGAGACCCGGCUCUGCUGUCCUCGGAAGCUGUACUCCCGGACCUGACGGACGAACUUGCGCCUAUCUUUCUCCUCCGGUGGGUCUACGCUGCUUCUGACUACAUCUCAGACUGCUGGGACAGCAUAUUUCACAACAACUGGCGGGAAAUGAUGCCUCUCCUGUCCCUGGUCUUCUCUGCCCUCUUCAUCCUCUUCGGCACCGUCAUCGUUCAGGCUUUCAGUGACUCAAACGAUGAGCGAGAAUCCAACCCUCCAGACAAAGAGGAGGUCCACGAGAAGGCCGGGAAGACCGAGCCAAGCUUCACCAAAGAAAACAGCAGCAAGAUUCCUAAAAAAGGCUUCGUGGAGGUAACUGAGCUCACGGAUGUAACCUACACCAGUAACCUGGUCCUCCUGAGGCCAGGCCACAUGAACGUGGUCCUCAUCCUGUCUAAUUCCACCAAGACCAGCCUCCUGCAGAAAUUCGCUUUGGAGGUCUACACGUUCACUGGGAGCAGCUGCCUGCACUUCUCCUUCCUGAGUCUGGAUAAACACAGAGAGUGGCUGGAGUACUUGCUCGAGUUUGCCCAGGACGCAGCCCCGAUCCCCAACCAGUACGACAAGCAUUUCAUGGAACGCGACUACACGGGUUACGUGCUGGCUCUGAACGGCCACAAGAAGUACUUCUGCCUCUUCAAGCCCCAGAAAGCAGUGGAAGAGGAGGAGGCCAUGGGGUCCUGCAGCGACCUUGACUCUUCCCUCCACCUGGGCGAAUCUCGAGGGAAAUCUUCCUGUGGCCUUGGACCCAGGCCCAUCAAAGGGAAAUUGAGCAAGUUGUCCUUAUGGAUGGAGCGCCUGCUUGAAGGCUCCUUACAGAGGUUUUAUAUCCCAUCAUGGCCUGAGCUAGACUGAGGGAGCUCAAGAGAGACUUUAACUCUUCGGGCUUUUUCAUAGGCCCUUGGGAACAGGUCUUUUCAGGACUCCACCUAUCACCACGGACAGAGAAUAGAUUCUAGAUUAUUCUUCCGGAACAAUGGCUAGAAGAAUCUUUCCUUUGCCCUGUUCUAACCUAGGAGUGAAAAACACCUCAAGUUGAAUUCCCUAGAUCAAAAUACUUUGCUUUGGGUUUUUUUCCCCUUCAUUUGAAUGCCGCACUAUUUAAAGUAGACUGCUCAUCCCCUC